AAUCAGUGGUAAACAUGGACAGUCACGUAGCAACCGGAGAGAGCGGUUCCAGAUGUGGUUGCAAAUUCCAGAAACUCAUUCUCUCCACACACAAAAACGUUGGAUUCAACAAGCAAAAUACUUAUCCUCGCCCUCCUGUCUACAGUUGCCUUUGGCUUUGGUCAUACUCGGUAGAACAAUUCAGUGGUUAUGCAUCGAAAUUAUCCUCAUCCAAUGCGUUAUUAAGCCUGCUUGCGUAUCUGAGCGAGUUAUAUAAACACUUGUAAACUCGAUGUUAAACCAGACAGUUCAUGUUGUACCUUCUACUAAUGUAUCGAUGAUGUGCGCGGAGAAAGUACAGAAGAAACCGUUGCGGCUCAUCGCCGCUGCAUGCAACAACAUGGGAAUAGGAAAAGAUGGACACUUGCCAUGGGAUUUACCGACAGAAUUCAAAUUCUUUUUGGACACUACAACAAAUGUCUCCCUACCAGGAAAAUUUAACAUGAUGGUGUGGGGCAGGGGCUGCUGGUUCUCCAACCCAGACAGUCUGUUCUCUAUGCUGCCCAAUGUCCUCCAUGUGGUCCUGAGUACCACCCUGAGCACUCUCCCGGAGCAUGCCCACUUCCUGUGUCAAGAUUUCGACAGCAUGAUCGGCUUAGCCUUGCUGCAACCCCUAUGUGACCUGGUGGAGACCAUCUGGGUUGUGGGUGGUCCACAGGUCUAUCAGGAGGCUCUGAUGCAUCCCUGGUGUGAACUCGUCUUCCUCACUGACAUCAUGGCUGACUUCGACUGUGACGUCUUCUUCCCGCAGUUUGACCGAAGCAUUUUUAAAAAACAACAGAGGUUUCCUGGAGUACCAAAUGAGAUUCAAGAGGAGAAUGGGGUUACAUUUAAGUUUGAAGUUUUCAAGAGGGAGAUCUGUAGUGCUGAGGUGAUUUAAAACUAACUUACUGCAUGAAUGCAAACACUGACUAUUCUUUGUCAGACGUUGGGUGCCUUUUUGAACUAUUCAGUUCCCCAGUGCAAUUCUAAUAGUAAUCAUUAUCCAGUUGUACAUUACACAUGUCCCACUCACUCUGCUUCAUCUUAUCUACCAGUGACUCAAUCUGCACAGUUCCAUAACACUAAUGAAUCAGAUAAGUCAAUGUGUCCAUCCCAUUCAGAUUUGUCUUACUGUAGGUCAUGUGUUGUCAGAUACAGAAGGGUUUUCAUAUUUGGCACAAAUGAUCGAUCCACUGCUGUCCCAUAUAAUAUCCUUCCUUGUCUGAUGUAUCAUCCUUACUAUCCUCUCUCCUCAUCUGUAAUAUUCUGCUAGGACCAAACCAAUAUGGUUCUGUCUGAGUCAGAGAUCAUGUCAGACGAGUGGUCUGGGGUGACUCAUAACAACAUGGGCACUAAGGAUGGGGGGUUGUUCCUGAUAGUGCCUACGUAACAGAGGGCGAUAUUUAUGUCUGAAGAUUUCAUAACAUAUUGCGAUUUACGGCAUGAAGUCGCCACCCAAAGGCUGGAAAUCAGCCUGGAAUGGUUUUUACAUUUAUAAUUAUGAUGCAAUCAAAAGAGUAUAAGAGUGCUUAGUAUGAGCCAGGAAAUGAAUAUUUUAUUCCAGAUAAACAAAAAAUGUCUUGCUUAUUCUGAAUUAUGUUUCUUGAAAGGUGUAGGAGAGCUGUUAUUACAUUUAUUGCAAAUGUUUACAAUUGAGGAAUCUCUGCAAUGUAGUGAUGUACGUUGUAAUGAUACUUGCAUGUUUUCCCCAAAGGAACUGUAUGUAUCUUCUAUUGUAAAUUCUUCAACUUGGCAUGAUAUUGUAUUUGUCAUCAUGGCUAAUUGAAACACUUGUCAAUCAGUAAAUAUUCAUUCAACUCCAUCUUUCAGUAUACAAUGUUGGAGUAAAUGAUCCACUAGAUGGAGACAUAAGACAAGACAUAGAGAACAAAGUGCCCCCUGAAACCAAUUUCUUUCCCUUUCCUCAACAAUAAAAACAUGAUCGAAUGUCAUGGAUAUGGGUGAAUGUGAUGUGUGAACCAGUUUCUUAGAACUUGACUUUGCAAAAACAGUAAGACCGAUUACUGUCAGACAGAAAGACAGAUUACUGUAAAACAGAUUAUGACCUGAUGUCCUCUAUAUAAUUGUGUAUCAAAGUACUUAAGAACAUCCAAUCAGACAACCUUUUUAUAACACAAAGAAAGUGACUAUGGGGAAAUUGCUCAAGAUAUGAGACCCAAGAGUGUUUAGUCCGUGCCAUUUGAUUGAAAGCUACAGGUCUUGUCAGAGUACAGUAUAAAUCUUCUUCCCAUAAGAAACAGGGUAACCUUUACUGAGGGAAACUAUGGGUGCGUCCCAAAUGACACCCUAUUCUCUAGCUUAUGUAGUGCACUACUUUCGUGGAGCACUACAUAGGGAAUAGGGUACCAUUUGGGAAGCCCAUUAUGCCUGGGAGAUCCUGGUAUUAUAACAGCUGAGGAGGAAGAUUCUUAGCGGUGGUCACAGCACACAUUAAUUCUCCAAGCCCUACUGACCCCAGACAUGGAAUAUUUACCACCUUAAUACUCUGCCAUGCUGUCGCCGCAGCUGGUAAUCAUACAUUUUAAUUGCAGGUGUCAUCUAUUUUCAUAUUUUCCCAGAGUUAUGCCCCAUAAAAGCAAUGUGUAACCCAGGCUAAUAAUAACUGGUGUCACGUUUGAAAUGGAAAAUAACAAUUUAUACUCCCUCUUAUUAACCUCUCCUGCUUUGGGAUAUAAUUCAGACUGACAUAGUCACCGUAGAGCAGCACACAGGGAUCAUCAUUGAGAGGGAACAAGGACAGAGAGAGAGAGGGAGAGAGGGAGCGAGAGGUGAAGACAUCAUUUGCAUUUAUACACCUAGCAGGGUCUAGUUCAUUACACUCAAAUGGAAGCAAAUCUUUUAACAGAGAACAUACUGUCAGGGGUGGAAAGACUACUAAAAUAUCCUUCUCCAGUAGAAGUACUGUUACUUUAAUGACAUUUUACUCAAGUAGAAUUAACAUGACUGGCGAAAAAAAAUACUAAAGUAAAAGUUUAAUAAUGUAGCUAAUUUAAAAAGUACUCAGCGUAAAAGCAAUUUAGUUACUUUUAAAAUAAAAACAUUGACCUUGAUAAUUAGCUACUUUCGCUAAGGGUACUUGAACGUUGUUACACAUUAUAUUUUCCAUGCAUUAAAUUCAAAAAGCAUGAGAGGAAAUGUAAAGUAGGAACUAAGCUAAUUUAUUUUGAGUUGCAACAAGGCACAUCUGUAUAAAAAACUAAGAAUGUCAAAAAUAUACUAUUAACGUUUGAAAAUAAAUGAAACAUUCAAAGCAAAUAUUUUUACAAAAAUCUGUACAAAUGCAUAAACAAAGCUGCCACACUUCUAAAUAAACAUUUAUAAUUCUUUCAACCAUUCAAUCCCUCAUUCCCCAAUCUGUUAGUUUUUUUUCAUGAAAAGUUCAGGUAGUACCAUUAGAGGUCAGUAGAUGGUACUCUGUUUUUAAAGAUUGCAGCAAUUUGGAGAUUACUGAAUGCAUCUUGGUGUGACAAUUUAUGAGGGAGAAGUCACUGACAUUGAAACCGACUGUAGAAGAUGAAGUGAACCUUUGGGACUCCAAUGUCUCCGAACAUACCCUUAUAGCUGUCUUGUUUUGAAAUUGUACAUGACUCAGAAGUAGACACAUCUAAUAUCCAUUCAAUUAAAAUAUCCUUUGGAAAACCCAAAUUCAUUAACAUGUACUUAUCAUUUGGCUAUUGCCAUGACUACAGGCCCAUGUUGUUAAUGAUACAGGAUAUGGGGGAAUGAUGAAGCGGUCUUGUUACAGGUUUUUUUUCUCGCUUUGGUGCAAUUUUCACAAGUAUGUGGUACAUUUUCACAACUCUCAGUACAAAACUCAAAACAUAAUCAAAACGGCAGUUGUUACGAAAACUCUAUGUGCAUUUUCAAUUGACUAAGUACAACACACAAAAUCAUACAGUCACUUUUUCACCAAACUUAAUCAGUGUUUCAUAGAGAAAUGCAAAUGUUUCACAAUUGCAAUACAUGCUCACAUAAAGUAAUUGCCUUUUGCAAUGCAACGCUCACACUCCUUUUGAUAUGAUUAUUUUUAUAAGACAUUGUGCUAUUACUUAAUCCGAAUGCUCUCAAUUGAUGAUCACUUAACCGUUCGGUAAACCUAUACAUGUAAACUGGUUUGUCUGCUGCAGAUUAUGAGAACUACAUCAUGAAAAUGUAUGUUUGUAAAGUAGAAACAUAAAAAGAAUGGUAUAUACUCAAAUGUACUACUAAGAUGAUGACUAUUAUGCUUUUACUUCACAGUAAUUUUUUUUUUUUUUUUUUUUUUAUCUGAUAUUGACAAGAUCAGAUAUGUGCUAUGUAACACUGCUUACCUAAAAUUGCAUUGGCCUAUACAGUAAUAUAUGCCAUUUACAUAGCAGACACUUUUAUCCAAAGUGACAACAGUCUACACAUUUUGGUAUGUGACCCCAGUGGGAAUCAAACCCACAACUCUGGUGUUGCUAGUGCCAUGCUCUUAUGAACUGAGCCACAUACAUGAUCACUACAAUGCAAACAUACAGUAUAAUACAAUACACAAUUACAAUACAGGUGGAAGAUGUAUGACUGCCAGCCCCAUGAGCGUACCACUCUUCUUCGGGCCGUGGAUGAGGCAUGCAAUGAUUUCAAUCCAAACCAAUGCCAGGCUUGGAUUCGCCAUGCCAAAAGGGUUUCCUCAGGUGCAUGAACAAUGAGGAUAUUUACUGCGAUUUCCAUGAGAACCUAUAGCCAAAUGCUCAAGACCGGGUUGAUUCAAACUAGUGCCUGCUAAACAUUAAGUUUCUUUAAUUUUUUUUAUUUGAUUACAUUGUGAAAGAUGUCUUCAAUGAUCACACCUAGAAUGAUCACACCUAGAGAUUAUGGAUAUUUGACCUAAAGUCAAAAUUGAGUGUACAUUAUAGCCGAAUGUGAAAACUAGCAUACUACAUUCAACGGGCAAUUUUGAAACAUGUGUCUUAUAUGUUUUGCUGUUGGAUUAACUGUUGUUAAAAUAAAUACAGUGAGAAAAUAUCA